GUGAACGAAGAUACGAAACGAAACGAUAGGACGGAGACGAAACGAAAGUCUAUCGUAGUAUUGUGAACCAGGCUUUACACUGGCGGGUUGCGCACAAUGAUCACGCAUGCGUGUAUUAUACGCAGUAUGCUGGCUCACUUCGACCUGAUCCGCUUGCUCUGUGUACCUUGGAGACACAAGAAGCCACAGCGAAGGGUGUCUAUCGACUCCGACAUGCUAUCUACUUCCGUAGCUAACCCGCGUCCGACUCUCCGCGAGCUACUAUAAUAAUAGGGGUAGACCGCGGGUAAACGCAUACUAAUCGGCCCAGCCGUUCCGUCAUUAGCGGUAUAAUUAUACCGCAGACGCGCAGUUCGCCGAUGGUUUGCAUUUUAGUGCUUUUCAUUUUUCUUGUGAGGGCAGCGCCCGAGCAAACUUCUGGUCGUUUCUUGUGAAAAUACUUUUUUGAGCUGGCAAUCAGCACUCGUACAUUCCGCGCGUUGUAUGCGGAGGGGGGCUGACGAUGGAGAGCCUGAAGAAGGUCAAUUCUCUGCAGGAAGCUGUCCACUGUGGAUGCCAUGAGAAGGUGCCUGAUGUAACCAGUAAGAAGGCAAGAAACAAACUCAUAAUCGCCUGCAUCUUGGCCCUUUUCUUUAUGAUUGGAGAAAUAGUAGGUGGCUACCUGUCACAGAGUCUGGCCAUUCUAACUGACGCUGCUCACAUGCUGUCAGAUUUUGCCAGCUUCCUCAUCUCUCUCUUUGCCAUCUGGGUCGCCACCCGAAAACCCUCCAAACGAAUGUCGUUUGGCUGGCACAGAGCAGAGGUUCUGGGAGCGGUAGUGUCUGUCCUCAUCAUCUGGGUGGUGACGGGAGUCCUGGUGUACGAGGCCAUAAAGAGAUGCAUCUACAGAAACUUUGAAAUUGAAGCCAAUGUGAUGCUCAUUGCCGCUGGAGCUGGAGUCUUUGUCAACGUCUUGUAAGUCAUUCAGAUAUACAGUGGAACCUCUGAGUAGGGAAGGUGUUUGGGAUAUUGAAAGUGAGAGUUCUCUCUUUAUUCAGAGUAUACUAAUGCAUAUAUAUAUAUGGACAAGUUGUGUGUCCUUUGGAUAUUGAGAAACUUUUUUCAGAAAUUUGACUGUUUUCACUACUUCACCUGUCCCUCUCUCGUCUUCCUCUCUCCUUCCUUUAUCCUGUUAUAUAGUAUGAUGUCUGUACUGCAUCAACGCGGUCAUGGACACAGCCAUGGUGGAGGAGGACAUGAGAGGAAAAGAAGAGAAGUAGAGGAAGGAGAGGAGAGAGGGAGAUGGAGAGAGGGAGGGAGUGGAAGGACUGCCAAGAAGAAGGGUCUCCACAACAAGAACAUCAACGUACACGCAGCCUUUAUUCACGUCGUGGGAGAUCUCAUACAGAGCAUCGGCAUUGUUAUUGCUGGUUACAUCAUCUGGUUCAAGCCGGAAUGGAAGCUGGUGGAUCCAAUUUGCACAUUCCUGUUCUCCAUUCUGGUUCUGUUUUCCACCAUCAACAUUCUGAAGGACACGCUGCGAGUCCUCAUGGAAGGAACUCCAAAGCACAUAGACUACGAGGCUGUGAAGGCAGACCUGGUGGACAUAGAUGGAGUGAAACACGCCCACAGUCUCAAGAUCUGGUCCCUGACUCUCAACAAGACUGCUCUGGCCGUCCACCUCGCCCUCGAGCCCGGAGCCGACAACCAGACCGUGUUGGAGAAUGCGUCGUGCAUGCUGAAGGAGAGGUAUGGAAUCAGUCAGACCACUCUUCAAGUGGAGGCCUUCCAGCCUACAAUGGAGGAUUGCCUCACCUGUCAGAACGUUGCACCACCCUCCAGACUAAAGUCCCUCUUCAAACUGGCCAGGAACGGCGGCAGGAGGGGCCCGUCCUCACUUAUGUGACCCAGCACAGCGGACGAAUUUCUGAUUGUUUGUUUGAACACAUUUUCUCGAUGAUG